CUCCCUCCGUUUUUUUUCUGCGGUACAGGCCAAUAGUGAGGCUCCUUCAGCACCCGCGCCGCCCAAUAGUGUUGCACUUUAUUGUGCGGUCGGGCCGGAUCGGCGCUUUUCUCGUCGCGGGUGAUAGUGGGGCGGGUCGUGCGUGGCUGCUGUUCCUUGGCUGAAGUGGUUUUAUUUUACAAGACUACCCUGGACUCGAUAUCUGUGCAGCUUGAAAACAAUUCCGCAACGCAAAGCGCCGAAAGAAAAGGAAAAACACAGGCGAGCGCUGUCUGUGGAGUGAAGUGUAACACAAAGCCUCGUUUUCUGUUGUGCGUUUUGCUUUUUCCAGCCGAGAGGCGCCGCUGCCCCUCGUACUGUUGAACACGAGUCGCUUGUCGGGCGAGCUCCUCGUUGUGUUGGGUUGUUACUGUAGUUGUCGGAAAUGUCGGAUUUCCUUGAAGACCCGUCGGUGUUGACGAAAGACAAGCUGAAAAGCGAGCUGCUGGCCAACAGCGUGACCCUGCCGUCCGGCGAGCACAGAAAGGAUGUUUACAUCCAGCUUUACCUGCAAAACCUCACGACCAGGAACACGGCUAUGAACAGGGCCGCCCCGGAGGCUUUUUCCAGCGACGAGGAGCAGGCAGCCCCCGUGGCCAGCAGCAGGAACCGAUCGGGACGGGUGGGUUCAUUCUCUGCGGUGAUUGCGUCUUGUAAAGCCACAAAGAAGACGGACAAGCCCCAGUCGGAGGACCUGGACGUGACGCAGCUGACACCAGAGGAGCUAAAGGACGAGCUCAUAAAAUACGGGUUCCAGCCAGGACCCGUUUUAUCGUCCACCAGGAAGCUGUAUGAAAAGAAGCUGCAGAAGCUGCUGGAUGAGGGCCCCCUGGAGUCACAGCCAGCCCCUCCAGCACCGGCCCCUGCUGCAGACAACAACCAGAACGGCAACACAGACUCCGACCAGUACAGCGACAAGGAGCAAGAGGAGAUGCCCAAGCCAGUGCUGGAGAAGCGAGAGCCACUGAAGAGCAAAGCAAAGCCCCCGGCCAGCCUGCGCACACGCCGGCUCGAGCAGAAGAGGGACCUCUCUGAGCUUUCUACACCCGAGACCCUAGCCAGGGAGAGUAGGGACCCCGGAAUCCCCAAACGAGGGGCCCUUCUGGGGGGCAAAGUCAGCGACUCCCCACGAUCCACCAGGAAGACCAGAGUAGAAGAGAUCCCAGAGCCCCUAGUAGUGAGACGAGUGCGUGAUGUCAGUAAGGGCUUUGGAUCCAGUGAGCUCCCCCAGAUUCAACCACAACCCAUCCAGCCCCCUAAUGAAAGCAGCGCCGGGACACCAAGGAGACUGAGCACACACAACAAAGAGAGUGAGGAGGAAGGUUGGCGUGACACCAUAGAGACUCCCCCUGCCAGGCAGACAAAGAUCCCUCGUCCUGCGCCUGUGGCCCUGCUGGACACUGCCCUGCUGGAGAUGGAGGGACGGAUAGCAGGAGGGGACUAUGUUGAGCAGACCCAGGAGAGGGACAUUCUCAAGGAGAUGUUUCCCAACCAAGUGGCAACACCGACUGGAAUCAGCGCUACCUGUCGCAGGCCGAUCCGUGGUGCGGCGGGCCGCCCCCUGGACAGUAGUUCGUUCCGGCUGGACGACUCGCUGCUGCUCCGCUCCCAAACCAGCUACCACUCCAACCUGAGGACAGAGUCCUUCAAACCAGCCAGCCCUGCUUUCACUGCAGCCAAGACCAACUCCAACUCUUCCACCUUCUCCUCCACCGGCGGCUCUGCGCCAUCGCGCCGCUCCUUCCCCGUCUGGAUCCGGCUACUCCUGCUCUCCCUGGUCGCCGGCUUCCUCUUCUUCAUCUACCAGGCCAUGGAGACCAACCAGAUGAACCCCUUCACCCAGGACGCCCCUGCUGCCUCUACUCCGCAGGUCCAGGACCAGUGAGACUGCUGUGCCCUGCUCAAUCCACUCCUCUCCCUGCCAUCCUUCUCUACAUACCAGAAGCUGGUUUAUCAUGAUCUGAUACUUUUGUUUGUUUUUCAGUGUUUUACAGUGUCCAGUUUAUUUUUAUUUUUCCAGCUAUGCUGAGAGUUGUAGUCUGGUAACUGGUACCUCAGUAAUUUAACGGUGUAAGCACUCUUGUGGAAAUGGUCGGAAGCUUCCAGUGAGCACACAGAGAAGCUAGUGUGUAGCCCAGUGGCUAGAGACUGGAGGCCUCCCGGGUCAGAAUGGCAGUUCUGCAACUUAAUGAUUUACUGCGUCUCCAAUGAGACUGGAGGGAUGGAAAUGAGACUCCCAUUGCAUGGCAGGUGGAUCCAUUCUGGAUUUUACUAUUGGUCUAGUAACACCCCUGAGCUUGUUCCCUAUACACUGUGACUAAUCAAGCUUGUAUUAUAAUCUGGUAUGGGUGAAACUGCUUUGCAAUAGGAGUCGUAUUUCCAUUCCUGAGCUUUUUCAUGGGGUUGUUCAAUGUGCCUCAUCCCAAACUGUGAAGUCGGAUAGAAACCGGUCCUAUGCACUGGAAACUGCCUAGUCAUCCUGGUCUUCUAAAUAGUCCCUUUUAUUGAAUCAAGAAAGCUUUCUUGUACAAGCAGAGAUCAGUUUUUCAGGGGGUAAAAUAUUGAGGUAGACAGUAAGUGAUCCUGAAGUAACUUUGUAUCUGAGUUUUAUUGUUUGGAACACAGCAGGUCUUAUGAAUUUGCAAUCGCAGCUACCGGUAUCACCUCAUGAAGAGUAGUAUCUUUACAAUCUGGCAGGGCUUCUAAUCUUUUUUUAUUAAUGUUUUAUUCUCUUGGUCCAGUCCUGGAAAGUUACAACGCUUUUCCCUUAAUUUCUUAAAUAAAAAAAUAAACUGGGCUGGUAUGGUGAGAAUUUUAUAUAUAAUAUAUAUUUUUUUUAUUAUGUUUGAUCAGGUUUCUUGUAGCUGUGACUGUCUAUCUAUGCUGGGACAUCUUCCAUGUUUGGACGCUGUUCAACUCCUUCAACACAAAGCAACGCUACAGAAAGCCUACACUAGAAUAACCAAUGAAAGUGUUUCUGUGACACAGAUAUACUACUUAGUAUGUUGCUGAGAACUGGUGUACUGGUCUGCUCUUUCAUUUUCUUUCCUGUACUAUUAGAGUGGGUUCCAGUUCCGAGUGCAGGUAUCUCACAAAGCCCUCUAUACAGCUCUGCCGUUCUGAGUGCAGGUAUCUCACAAAGCCCUCUAUACAGCUCUGCCGUUCUGAGUGCAGGUAUCUCACAAAGCCCUCUAUACAGCUCUGCCGUUCCGAGUGCAGGUAUCUCACAAAGCCCUCUAUACAGCUCUGCCGUUCCGAGUGCAGGUAUCUCACAAAGCCCUCUAUACAGCUCUGCAGUGCUGGAAAUGUUAACCAGUCUAAAGGGGUGUUUUAAAGUGUUGACUGGCCUCUGGGGAAUCAUUACCAAAUACAUUUAUAUGUGUGCUAUCCUAAAUGAUAAAGUGAGGAUUUAAAAAAAAAAAAAAAAUAGUAAUGUGUUCCUUUUUUAUAGUAGUAAUAGUAAUAUAAGGGUUGUAUAGAAUGGUUAAAGUUAGAAGUAGAGAAUGUGUUGCAUGUCCACAAGCUGGUGUCCUUUGCUGUGUCUUGCUUUUUAUCUGCCAGGAGAUUUUUUUGGUUGUUUUUUAAAAAAAAAGAAAUGAAAAUAAACAUUAAACAGAAGAUGAAAACUAAACGACUACAGCAAAAGAAAUCUGGCUACUACUAAUAUUCUUGGACUUCUGAUCUGGGCGUUCAUGCCAUGUUGAAGGACUGGUUUUUAACAGGUUGCCUGGGGUAUGGAAAUGUGUGUUUUUUUUUUUUUUUUUUUUUUAUAAACUAUGGUAUUUUUAUAAUGCGAUUUGUCUUUAAAAAGUAAUAAUUUAAAAAAAUUAUGAAAUAACUUUGACUACAUGUAAAGGAAUUGAUGGCAGUAAGCUGCAGUGUAAUGAUGUGGAACAGCUGGCUUAUAUGCUUCACAAUUACACAUGUGUUUAAGAAGAAGUAAUAAUAAUAACCAUGACAGUUUCCAUACAGUGUAUUAAAGGAUUUGAUUUGUUUUCCCUCCUGUGGGAGGGGGCUGGGGGCUGGGUAGAAUAUUUGGGGGAGGGUAAACCUUUUGUACAUGACUUUAUAUACAGCAGCUGAAAUACUUUAGCCACAGACCUUGUAGAAAUCAAAAAUAAAAUGUCAAACUAA